UGUUCCAAUUGUUUCAUAGACGAAGCAAAAUGGCUCCUUCAAAAGAAGUUGCCGCGGUCGGCUCGAAUGCCGCGGUCACCAUUGAUCAUGCCCAGACUCUCAAAGCCUCCAAAGCCCUCCUCGCACACAUCAAAAAGGCCGCCAAGGAAAAGGCCGAGGCCUCGUCCAAGCGCAACCUUCUCGAAGACGACGACGGCGACUCGGAAAAGACAAUCUGGCUGACGCUCACGACCAAGCGCCACAUCUCCGACAAGUCCCGCCUGCAGCCGGGCAAGAUCCCGCUGCCGCACAGCCUCAACGCGUCGCCCGAGACGACCGUCUGCCUCAUCACCGCCGACCCGCAGCGCGCGUACAAGAACAUUGUCGCCUCGGACGAGUUCCCCGCCGAGCUGCGCAAGAAGGUCACGCGCGUCAUCGACGUGACCAAGCUCAAGGCAAAGUACAGCCAGUACGAGGCCCAGCGCAAGCUCUUUUCCGAGCACGACGUCUUCCUCGGCGACGACCGCAUCAUCAACCGCCUGCCCAAGAUCCUGGGCAAGACCUUCUACAAGACGACGCUCAAGCGCCCCGUCCCCGUCGUGCUCAAGCCAAAGGCCCGCAAGGUCGACGGCAAGCGCGCCAAGCCCCAGAAGAAGGAGGGCGAGGUCAACGCCGGCUCGCCCGCCGAGAUUGCAAAGGAGAUUGAAAAGGCCCUCGGCUCCGCCCUCGUCAGCCUGUCCCCGAGCACCAACACCGCCGUCCGCGUCGGCUUCUCCGACUGGACCGCCGAGCAGCUGGCCGCCAACGUCGAGGCCGUCGCCGGCACCAUUGUCGACAAGUGGGUGCCGCAGCAGUGGCGCAACGUCAAGGGCAUCUACAUCAAGGGGCCCGAGACGGCCGCCCUGCCCAUCUGGCUGACCGACGAGCUCUGGCUGGACGGCAAGGACGUCAUCGCCGACGCCGAGGGUGAGGCCCGCGCCCUCAAGGCCGCCGAGAAGGCCAACAUUGGCAAGAAGCGCAAGACGGUCGACGGCGAGGAGCAGGCCGAGGCCCCCGCGGCCAAGAAGGCCAAGAAGGCCACCAAGGAGGACAAGGCCAGCGCCGCCAAGGCCGAGAGCAACGACGACAAGCUCGACAAGCAGAUCUCGGACCGCAAGCUGAGGCUACGCAAGGCAAAGGCUACGGCCCAGAAGGCGGCGGAA